AUGUUUCAUGGCUUUCCGGACGUGCAGCUAGCGCCGCGCGACACCGCCCUCAGCGAGCAGUUCUCCCUGCUGGACGGGGAGGACUGCGUGGAGACGCUGCUGCGGCCGACGGUGCAGAAGGUGCGGGUGUCCUUCGCCGCCCUGACGUACCUCGGCAGCCUCGCGCAGAACGCGACGUCGCACUACGCCCUCUUUGGCCGGGUGUGCGGGGUGCAGGUGAACGAGGCGAUUGAGAUCACGAAUGUGCUGCCGCCGGUCCUCACCUCGCGGCCGCCGGAGGACGAGACGCCUGAGCAGCGUGAGGAGCGGCUGCGGGAGCAGCAGCGGGAGGAGCGGAAGAUGUACGAGCGGAUGGGGCGGAUGCUGCUGAAGGAGGAGCUCGACAGCUACCAAGUAGGCCACUUCGCGGUGUGCAGCGCCUGCACCAACGCCCCCUACUCGGUCCGCACGGCGCAGCAGCUGGCGCAGCUGGCGGUGGACGGCCACCCCAGCGUCCUCCUCAUCUACGACCCGUUCCGCACGAGCUUGAUGGGCAAGCUCUACCUGCGCGCCUUUGUGCCGACGCGGGAGUACGUGGAGUUCUACACGAGAAUCAACAACAAGCGCAACACCCUGCGGGAAAACCGCCUGAUGCGGGACUGCCACGUCGGCAAGAGCGGGGUGCUGCGGGAGGUGCGGGUGGAGGUAGGCGUGGACGAGUACCAGCUGCUCUGCCUCGACGGCUUCAGCGUCGCCCCGCUCCCCAGCACCUGCGCCACCCUGCACUCCGAGACCAUGGCGGAGUACACCGCCGCCCUCAUCGAGUCCGUGCGCCACAACACCGACGAGCUCUCCCGCGUGCUGCACAGCGAGAGUUACUUCAGCCAGAAGGAGGAGAGCUACGGCCCGCUGGCGCAGCGCAUCGACACCCUGCUUAAGCUGAUGCAGCUGCGCGAGCAGACGCAGCACUUAGAGUCCAUCUGCGACGGCGUCCUCCUUAACACCUCGCUGCUGCGCGAUUUGUAG